AAGAUAUUUUAAUUGCCCUCUUUGAGAUUGAUUUUACUAAAUUCCAGUAAAGGUGAAAAAGCCUUACACUUCAGCCAAAGUUUCCCUCCAUUUCUCUCAAUCUGGAACUUUUUUUUGGUUUGAAGAAAUAACUUAAUCGACAUUCCAACAUGCCGUCGUUAAGCUGGAAGCACCAAUCGCUGAUUCAAGCGUUGCUCACUCGCGGCCCUCUUAAGGAAAACGACUUCCAUGAAAUCUUCUCUGCCGUUACCGGCAAGAGUCCAGGUGCUCACCAGGAACUGUUUAAUGAGUAUCUCCUAAAGAUAAAUAGGGAGCUUUCAUCGUGUCAGUUUGAGUUGCGUGGGUGCAGAAACCAAUAUGAUGGCCAUGUUUUUUAUGGGGUGGUUAACAAUGUUGCCGACGAACAUUCCAAGCUUGGAACAAGAUACUCUAUUCCACAGAUCGCUUUCUAUAAGGGCAUUGUAAGUCUCGUUGUCAAUUCUUAUUCGUUGAAGCAAAUAAUUGCUUUUACCCAUGUUGGUUUCCAAAUAGAAGCAAUUGCCCAAGAUGUGAUGGCUCAAGGUAGCAUAUCCAACAUUGAUGCUCUCAACAUACGACUAGAAAAUCAGGUUCUUUCUGGUAUGGGAUCCCAGUUACAAAAUGGUGUUCAUGUCCCCUCUGCAUUCAGAAAUUUCACAAUGUCUCAGAAGGAAAAAACUUUGGAUGAUCUAGUGCAAGACAAGUGGCUUAAUUAUAUAGAUGAUGGUAAAAUAGGACUUGGUGUCAGGUCUUUCCUUGAUUUGCGGAGUUGGUUCCGCAGUCUGGACAUUGCUUCCUGUGAAUUAUGCAACGAAGCUGUGCUGAAGGGAGAACUGUGCCAAUCUGAAGGUUGCCUGGCUCGGAUUCAUCACUACUGCCUAAAGAAAAAAUUUUCUCAGAAAAUGGGCGCUGUAGUUUGUCCAAGUUGUGGCAUGCAGUGGCAGCUUGAAGCACCUAAAGAACCCUUAGAGGAGGCAAAUGGGCUAAAUCAAAGUGAGCAACCUGAAGUUGUACGAUCUAAGAGAAAGAGGCUUAGAAAUGCUGAUGUUGAUGGUAGUUCUUCUCAAACAUUUAUAUCUAGUUCGGAUACAAAAAGAGUAACUCGAAGCUCUACCCGUCAAAUAUGGACACUCAUGCAAGCACCUGAUUUCUUCAUUUCAGAAAAGCCUCAAACUCCUUGUCAAGAGAUGAAUUGGCUAAAAGUCACAGGUGCAACCCUUCUGUAAAUUUCAUAUUAUAAGUUUUAUUUUGAUUUAUUGAAUUAUCUACACACUAUCCCUAAAGUAAGAUAGAUGACUGACAGAUGAUAGAUUUGGUGCUGAGUCGAAUCCAAACUUGGUUAGUUCGGAUAUGACUCAAUUUGAAAGAGUUGGGUUUAAUCUGAGGUUUCAGCUCAAUGAGCUCUCGUCAAACCAACUCGAGUCUAGGUUUCUUUAUUGUUGUAUUUUGAAUCUUGAUAGUUAUGGAAAAAAUGUAAAGUCGUUUUUUGUCGACAUUCAUGUAGCUCUCUUCAAACCAACUCAAGUCAAGACUUCUUUAUUGGUGUAUCUUGAUA